CCAAGUUCAGUUUCAAUAGCAAUUUAGAAGUAACCAACACACUUUAGAACGAAAUUUGAACGCCCAACUGCCCAACAAAGUUCAGCGGCUCGAAAGUGUUAAUUAUUUCGAAAAUUAAGUGUUAAUUCGCUGAGUAAAUAGAAGACUUACAGAUACGUAAAUCAUGGGGAUGCACACUGCACAGUAUGUUUUAAUUUUCGGGACUAUGCUGCUCAUUGGCCAACAUUGCUUUGUAAAUGGUUAUCCUCAAGCUGCUAAAGCUACUGCGCUAGCCAACGCUGAUGCGGAAACCAUUGGUGCUGGUGGCGCCGGUGCAGUUGCUGUGGCAUCAGCCGAAGCAGACGCUGAUUUAAAGGGCUCGGAAACCUUUGGCUUGGGCUAUUAUCCGGGUAUUUAUGGCGGUGGUCUAUAUGGGCAUGGCGGAGGUUAUGGCGGGUAUGGGUAUGGCGGACGUUGGGGCUAUGGCGGCUAUCAUGGUUAUGGUGGAUAUGGAGGGUUUGGUGGUUAUGGCGGCGGCUACUAUCGUCGUCCCAUCUAUCCAGUAUGGGGUAUAAUCCUCGCGGUAUGUGUUGCGCUGGCAGUGGCACAUCCACAACGUUACGGAGGCCAUGGCGGCGGUCAAGGUGGCCACGAUAGUCACGGCGGUCGUGGUGGUGGUUAUGGCGGACAGCAAGGAGGAUUUGGUGGUAGCCAAGGAGGAUUAGGAGGCUUUGGUGGUGGUCAUGGCGGACAACAAGGAGGCUAUGGCGGCGGUGAAGGCGGCUACGGUAGUCACGGAGGUCGUGGUGGUGGCCAAGGAGGAUUUGGUGGUGGCCAUGGUGGAUUAGGAGGUGGCCAUGGCGGACAACAAGGAGGAUUCGGUGGCGUAGGUGGUGGCUACGGUGGCCAACAAGGAGGAUUCGGUGGCAGCCAAGGUGGUCGCGGCGGUCACGGCGGUGGACAUUAUUGAAAAAGUUACUCUAGCUAAUAAAGCGAUAAAAUGGCCAAC